UAUAAGGCCUGCCUUCCCACCCAGGGCUACCAUUGGCUGGGUAGUGGAGUGUUGACCAAUCACAGGUCAGGGGCGUGAUUGUCUCGUCCUGGGAUCGCGAGAGGGGUAUACACAGGGAGGCCAGACAGCCUGGAGUUAGUCGAGCGUUGCGAGACGUUGAGCUGCGGAAGAUGAGUCCAAAGCCGAGAGCCUCGGGACCUCCGGCCAAGGCCGAGGGGGCAGGAAAGAGGAAGGCCUCCUCUCAGCUGAGCCCCAGUGGCCCGAAGAAGAAGACUGCCAAGGUGGCCAAGAAGGGAAAAGCGGUUCGUAGAGGGAGACGCGGGAAGAAAGGGGCUGCGACAAAGAUGGCGGCCGUGACGGCACCUGAGGCGGAGAGCGGGCCAGCGGCACCCGGCCCCAGCGACCAGCCCAGCCAGGAGCUCCCUCAGCACGAGCUGCCGCCGGAGGAGCCAGUGAGCGAGGGGUCCCAGCACCACCCCCUGAGUCAGGAGACCCAGCUGGGGGAACCACUGAGUCAGGCGAGUGAGGUGGAAGAACCACUGACUGUGUGGAUGGCCAGCUACUACCCUAUCUCCGAGAGCCGCGACUAAGUUCAGGCCCAGCCGCCAGACCUCAGAGAUCUCACCAGCGGGGUGCUUGCCAUACUGUUGAUAAUAAAAUGAAUGUGUUGCAAAUUGA